AUGGCGAAUCCUUGGUGGGUUGGUAAUGUUGCAAUCGGUGGAGUCGAGAAUCCAGUGACUUCAUCAGCUCCGUCUAUGCACCACAGAAACAGUAACACGACUAUGACCCGUUCGGAUCCAAGAUUGGACCAUGACUUCACCAACAACAACAGUACUGGAAGCCCUAAUACUCAGACUCAGAGCCAAGAAGAACAGAAUAGCCGAGACGAGCAACCCGCUGUCGAACCCGGAUCUGGAUCCGGGUCUACUGGUCGACGUCCAAGAGGUAGACCACCUGGUUCUAAGAACAAACCGAAGAGUCCAGUGAUUGUUACUAAAGAAAGCCCUAACUCACUUCAGAGCCAUGUCCUUGAGAUCGCCACUGGUGCUGACGUGGCGGAGAGCCUAAACGCCUUUGCUCGUAGACGUGGUAGAGGCGUUUCGAUUCUUAGCGGUAGCGGUUUGGUCACUAAUGUUACUCUGCGUCAGCCUGCUGGUUCUGGAGGAGUUGUGAGCUUGCGUGGUCAGUUUGAGAUCUUGUCGAUGUGUGGUGCUUUUCUUCCAACUUCUGGUUCUCCGGCUGCAGCCGCUGGUUUAACCAUUUACUUAGCUGGUGCUCAGGGUCAAGUUGUUGGAGGUGGAGUUGCGGGACCGCUUAUCGCUUCUGGACCGGUUAUUGUAAUUGCUGCUACUUUUUGCAAUGCUACUUAUGAGAGGUUACCUAUUGAAGAUGAUCAGCAACAAGAGUUGCAGCAGCAACCGCAACUAGAGGAAGCGAAGAAGGAGAAGGAGAAUGAUGAUACUGAGAGUGGGGAUAAUCAAAAUGAAGGGUCGAUGCAGCAGGCGCCGCCGAUUUAUAAUAUGCCUCCGCCUCCUGGUUUUAUGCCAAAUGGUCAUCAAAUGGCUCAACAUGAUGUGUUUUGGGGUGCUCCUCCGUCGCGUGCUCCUCCUUCGUAUUGA